AUGGUCAACAUGGCCAAUCUCACCGGGAGCUUCGUCUCGCCCUCGGCAGAUGCGACAGUCUCUCCCCAACUUUUCGCGCCGGCCGGCCUCGUCGCCAGCCUCCUGGAUGGCUUCACUCUCUGGAAGGGCCUGCUGACUUUCUUCAUCGCCGCCGUCCUAUACGAUCAAUUCAAGUACCACUACCUCAAGGGUGCCAUUAUUGGCCCUAUGUACAAGAUCCCCUUUAUGGGCCCGUUCCUGGAAUCAGUCAACCCCAAGUUCACCGAGUACAAGGCCAAAUGGGACAGCGGAGACCUUAGCUGUGUUUCUGUUUUCCACAAGUUCGUCGUGAUUGCGUCCACUCGCGAUAUGUCCCGGAAGAUUUUCAACUCGCCCGCCUAUGUCAAGCCCUGUGUCGUGGAUGCUGCGCACAAGCUUCUCGGUAAGACCAACUGGGUCUUCUUGGAUGGCAAGGCCCACGUGGAUUACCGCAAGGGUCUGAACGGCUUGUUCACUCGCCAGGCCCUGGCUAUGUAUCUUCCCCGCGCCGAGGAAGUCUUCAACUCCUACAACAAGCGCUUCGUCGAGAAAUCCGCUGCCCUCAAGCACACCCCGACCCCCUGGAUGUCCGAGUUCCGUGAGCUCAUGUGUGCUCUAUCGUGCCGUACCUUCGUUGGUUACUACAUCAGCGAUGAGGGUGUCCAGAAAAUCGCCGACGAUUAUUAUCUGAUCACCGCCGCCCUUGAGCUGGUUAAUUUCCCUAUCAUUCUUCCCUACACCAAGACCUGGUACGGCAAGAAGGCCGCCGACAUGGUGCUCGCAGAGUUCACCAAGUGUGCCGCCAAGUCCAAGGCUCGUAUGUCCGCCGGCGGUGAGAUUUCCUGUAUCAUGGACGCUUGGGUCAAGGCCCAGCUCGACUCCGCCGUGUACCGCGAGAAGAUUGCCUCGGGAGCCCAGGUUGAUUCUUCCGAGAAGCCCGCGCAGGUUCUUCGUGAAUUCUCCGAUUACGAAAUCGCCCAGACUAUCUUCACAUUCCUGUUCGCUUCCCAGGAUGCGACCAGCGCCGCCUCCACUUGGUUGUUCCAGCUGAUGGCUGAUCGCCCCGAAAUCCUGGACAAGGUCCGCGAGGAGAACCUCGCCAUCCGUAACGGUGAUUGUAUGCUCCCCGCCACGAUGGAUAUGCUCGACAACAUGCCCUACACCCGCGCCGUCGUCAAGGAGACCCUGCGUUACCGCCCUCCUGUCAUCAUGGUUCCCUACUUGGUCAAGAAGGACUUCCCUAUCACCGAGACCAUCACUGUCUCCAAGGGCUCGAUGAUCAUUCCCUCCGUGUGGCCCGCCUGUCACGACGAGGAGGCUUACCCCAAUGCCGACUCAUUCGAUCCCGACCGCUGGAUCACCGGUACCGCUGAGCAGCAGACCAAGAAUUGGCUGGUCUUUGGCACAGGUCCUCACUACUGUCUGGGUCAGACCUACGCUCAGCUGUCUCUGAUGACUAUGAUUGGAAAGGCCAGUAUGGUGAUGGACUGGGAGCACACUCCUACUCCUGAGUCUGAGGACAUCAAGGUGUUUGCCACUAUCUUCCCCAAGGAUGAUUGCCUCCUCACCUUCCGUCCCCGCCCUUGA